GGUACGUUAGAAGCCAAAAAGUAUUAUAUUCAAAACUGAAGUGGGAAUUAUGUAAGCCACCUGACCUCACCAUCCCCAUAGCGUUUUUAUUUUUUUGGGCAAGCCCAUAGCGUUUUUUUUGUCCUCUCGUAAUUAAACUUUUUGCAUGAUUAAUAAUAGGUAAUUUAAGUAGAGCUCCUUUUGGCACACCUGAACACGCACAUUGCUCGUGCUGCUCACCAACAAGAAUCAUAUAGAACUAAUAGCAUACGGAUAUUCGUCGCAUCUUUUUCAUUAUUUCUAAAAAGUUUUUGUCUUCUGAAUAUCUAACGUCUACGUAAUGAUGAAAUCGCUGAUGACUUGCAGAAUGCAUUUCUGUACAAAUGGCUUCCCUAAAUUCCAAAACGAGGCCUAGUCAUCCUCUAAACAAAGAUAAUAAUAGAAACCAUAGUCACCUUCUUUAUUUGUUAUGGUUAUUUCACCCAUUUAUCAAAUAAAAGCAAACAAAGGGCCAUUUCUCAUGCGGUUUAAUGGAUACAAAAACGUCAAAGCCCAAAGGGGUUUUACAAGUUUGCAACUUGAACUAUUAUUUUCUUUCGAUUCUUUUCCUUUAAAUUUAAAACUGGCUAAAGCUAUGUGGAUUUUGUUUUGGCUUGCUGACGUGUAAAAAGCCUAAACUUAUAUCUUUUUCUAAUUAUAUUUUUGCAUAUAAGUUUUUUUUUCUUUGCCCCUUUGAUCCUUGUUUGGUUUGGUUGCCCAGAAAAUUAAAAAAAUAGAUGAAGCUUUGUUGUUGUUUGUGGAAGCAGAAGAAGAAUGAUGGCUUUCUUUGCGUGCUAAACAUUAACUGACCAAACUUCUUUUCUUAUUAAGGAAGGAUGAGAUUCAAGAAAGGAACUAAAGUGGAAGUGUUGACCAAAUCAUCUGUUGUUCCAUCUGGUGCUUGGAGAUCUGCUGAGAUACUCUCAGGAAAUGGGCAUUAUUACACUGUCAUGUAUGAUACUGAUCACGGUGCUACAGAGAGGGUACAAAGGAAGAGCAUGAGACCUGAGCCUCCUCCUGUACAAGUUCUACAUUCUUGGGCUCCUGGUGACGUUCUUGAGGUUUUUGAAAGUUGUUCGUGGAAGAUGGCAAUCGUCUCCAAGGUUCUGGAGGAAGAUUGUGUCUUGGUUAGAUUGAUUGGUUCGUCUCUGAAGGUGAAGGCAGACAAGUGUGACAUUCGGGUUAGACAGUCUUGGCAAGACAACGAGUGGAUCAUGGUCGGUCAGGCGUAUCUAAAAGGCGAGUAUGUUUCAUUUGAGAGCAAACACAAGCUCAAUGAGUCUCAUGUACUUUCGACGAAAGGUCCAAAGAAACGGACCUACUCUUUGGUUGAACCGCACAAUCCGCUAAAGUUUCUUAAAAGAACAGAAGAACAAGAAGACGAUAGAGAGAGUGUUGCAUCUUCUGUUGGCAGUUGUAACAUGGACGGUUUAAGCACUGUCUCUUUCGGUCCCAUAGAAACCAGUAACUCUAGUGACACAGAGUCAUCCUCUUGUGGCCGCCACAGAAGCAUCAAGAACAAGAAGUUGAGUUCACCAGCGAAAGACUCAGAAGCUGGUGAUGUUCAUAGGUUAGAGCUGGAUGAAUACCGAUCCAGCAUUGAGAGACUGCAUGCAUCAGGACCUAACAUAACAUGGGAACAAGAAACCUGGAUCACAAAUCUCCGCUUGAGAUUGAACAUAUCAAAUGAGGAACAUCUGAUGCAGAUAAAAAACCUCAUCUCUGAUGACAACAGCACUACUUACAGAUAGAAUCAUCAUUCACAACUACAACAUUGUGUUACAUAGAAUAAAUGUUAAAGAGUAGUUUGUACAAAUAUCCCUUUUGAACAUAUUUCUUUUUUUUUAUUGUGGUGUUACUUGAUUCUCAUAUCUCAUUUUGGGUUCAAAGACAAGUCGCUGCUCUAUUCCAAAACGAAACAAUCUUAAACAAUAUUUCCCCCAACAUGUUAAAAAAAC